GAUAGAUCCCCCGUUGUCUACUAGCUGGCACUGUCAUCCACGUGCUUUUCAUGGCCGACGUGUUUCGGAGGCUGACGCUGCUGCUGCUGGUCGUCCUAUUGCUACUCCUCCUGGUUGUCUUCCACGUGUGCAUCCUCGGCGGCCUUCCGCGACGUGGUCGCAGAAGGAGGUGUGUGAAGAACAACGACAGAAUGGAGGGCCGGAAGGCGAUCAGUGGGUCCGCAGGGGAGCGUGGUGGGCGGUGGUCCGGGCACAGCCCGUCGAAUAGUCGAAGGCCGUCGGAGCGGUCCGGGCACGCACACCUGCCACAACACUUGCAACCUCUGCCUGACACGGACGACGAGGAAGGGGACGAUAGACGGUCAAGGACCGUGCCGCUGGGAAGCGGAUCCACCCAGGAGUGGGCGGCUACAGAGCUGUUUGGAAGCCGCGACGGCGGUAAAGGGCAGUCGUACACCGAGCUCCUCCAGCAGGGGCUCAGCGACACCGAUGGCGAUGGCGGCGUGAAUCUAUCGUUUGGACUCGGCAGCGGGAGGUCGGCUGCCGUCUCUCGAACGGUCGUCGUAAACCCCCAUCCCGACGACGAUGGCGGCGACGUGACGGCUGUUCAGCGAUCACCCAGGUCUCCAGCGCCGCUGCGGGAGGCUUCGGGGAACAACAAGGAUCAUCCUAGGCAGCAAUUUCGGUCGCCGGAGACGGCGCCUGCCGUUGCUGAUGUUGGUGACACACGUGACGGAAGGGAGGUGUGGGCAGAACAGCGACGGUUGAUGAGGUCGGUGCGGGAGGAGUCCAUAACUCGUGGGGUGCAGCGAUUGCGUGUUGGGGAAGACGGGCACGACGGCAAGGAAGCAGUGGGGGACGCGCACGACCCCGACUGGAACGACAACGGCGCUGAAGGUGGGGAGGACAACGCAGGCUACAUUUCGCCGUCGAAUCAGGCGGCCGCUAUAGGGGGGAGGGGGGGGAAGACAAAGUCGUGUGCCGAUAAUGGUCGUCGGGGCAAAAGGACGGCAGGCAGGGGCAGCGAUGCCGAAGGUGACGUCGAUGGUGAAGGAGGUCGUCACUUCUGGUCCGUCGACGACAUUAUAGCCCUCAUCCGGGAUAAACGUGAUCAGGAUGCGCAUUUGCAGGGGAUGGGCCACGCAUACGCUCGGAUGAAGCCGCGAGAAUGGAAGUGGCUGGUUGUGGCGACGAGGUUGAAGAAGGUGGGCGUCGACAAAGAGGCCGAUCGGUGCGGGAAGAAGUGGGACAAUCUGAUGCAGCAGUUCAAGAAGGUUCAUCAUUUCCAAGGACUGUCCGGGAAACAGGACUUCUUCCAAUUGUCUGGGAAGGACAGGAUGUCGAAGGGCUUCAACUUCAAUAUGGAUCGUGCGGUUUACGACGAGAUACUGGGGUCGACCGCCAAGAACCACACCAUAAACCCGAAGAACGUCGCGGACACGGGCGCUCAGGGCGCUCGUGAUGGAUUUUCACACAACCCAUUCCAAAUGCGAGCACAGAUGAAGGCAAUAAAAAUGACACACACACAGCGUCUCUCUCUUUAACAAAAUACUUGUCAUUCGACACGAACACGGAAAACAACCUCCACGACAUCAAAAAAAAGAUUACAAGAUAUGUUAUCUUAAUGC